AUGAACAAGCUCACCAGCAAUGACUACCUAAUGCUUGCUGGGUCCUUCCAUGGUAUGCACGCCAUAACUGCCCAACUCUCUCCUGUGCCACCCGCUCGCGCACCCCCUCCCUCAACCACCACCCCAAAUCUGCAAACCUUCCCUGUCCGCGCUACCGGUAUCGAAGUGCUCGAGAGCUCCCACUUCCGCAUCCAAUGUUUCCAAACACAAACCGGAGUAAAGUUUCUACUCUUCACCGAGCCGCAACAACCAAACGUGGAUACAAUGAUAAAGAAGAUAUAUGAGUUGUAUGCCGACUACGUAAUGAAGAACCCAUUCUACACCGUGGAAAUGCCUAUCCGAUGCGACAAGUUCGAUCGAGGGUUGGAUGGAUUUGUGAAGGUGAGAGGGUGA